GAAGGGACUGCAGAAAAGCGGGGGAGUAUGUUGCAGAGCUGCCACUUCCCUUUCCGUGGUCCAGAUCUGCUGAGUUUUCCUGACCUACACUCAAACCUGCAGCAUGUGGUCUGACGUUAUCAGCCAAGUCAGCCACGUCAUUUUCUUUACUUUUCUCCAACGCUGGUUCUGACGUAAAUGCUCUUGACUUGAGAAAUAUUUGCCAGAAGGGUUCCGUGACCUCACAGGGGGGGGAACAAAGAUAACAUCUUGACCAGAAACUACAGCUAGGCAUGCUGCACUUCCUAACAGCCUUAGCAGAUUAUGUCCGCUUAGGUGUCACUUUCUGGUUUUCCUCUCCUGAGUACGUGGUUGUAUUAGAUUAUGGAAAGGGCAAACAGAAGAUCUGUGAAUGGAAUGCACUUUACUCCAUUCUAGAGGAAAGGCAGGAUCCUCUUUCCCUUGUGUUUCCAAAUGGCAGGCAUAGAAAUUAAAACGUGGAAACCGACACUGCAGGACUGAUUUCCUACCCUACUUGGAAAUCUAGAUCUUUUUGAUUCUCAUGUGCACUCAUAGUUUUUUCUUCAAAAAUUCCCCUUAUCUGAACCUUAUGAUCUUCUGCUUUUCUUUCCAUGAGACCAGUGAAGUGAAUGAUCAUAUGAGCAUGGGGCAGUCAUUCAGUGUUAUGAGGUCUGUCAUUUCUGGACAGGUUUGCAGAGUGUUUUGAAAAGAACAAACAAAAGUGCAGAAUUUUGUGUCGUCAACUGUGAAGAGGGACUGAAUAUACAGAAAAAUCUGAUUGAACUCAUUAUAUUAGGGUUUUUUUAAUGGUUUUGUGCAGUGCAACCAGAAUUAAUUUCAGGUGAAGUUUAGAAAACCGGAUAGUAAUGGAGUAUAUGAGCACUGAUAGUGACAAUAAAGGGGAGAUCGACUUGUUGCUAACGCACUUAAAUGUGUCUGAUGUGAUAGACAUUAUGGAGAACUUUUACCCAAAUGGAGAGCUGGCAGUUUACGAAGACAGUCUGAUUACUAUGUGCCAAGAAACAAAUCAAAAUGGGGGAUGUACAGAAUCCUUAUUAUUCCGUGGAAGAGAGGUUUCUUUGCUGUCAUGUGUCAGGUAUGGGACUGAGGAAGACUUGCUCGCUUUUGCAAAUCAGGUGUCCAACACCGCAAAGCAAAUUAAUGGACAGAGACGACAAGAAUCUGGAAUCCUAUUAAACAUGAUCACUCCGAAAAAUGGGCGCUAUCAAAUUGACUCUGAUGUGCUUUUGUUUCCAUGGAAGCUGACUUACAGGAAUAUUGGCUCUGAUUUUAUUCCUCGAGGAGCUUUUGGGAAAGUUUACUUGGCUCAAGACAGAGAGACAAAAAAGCGAAUGGCCUGCAAGCUGGUCCCAGUGGAACAGUUCAAACCGUCAGAUGUUGAAAUCCAGGUCCGCUUCCGCCAUGAGAACAUUGCUGAGUUAUAUGGUGCUAUUCUGUGGGAUGAGACUAUCCAUCUUUUUAUGGAAGCAGGAGAGGGAGGAUCUGUCAUGGAAAAGUUGGAGAGCUGUGGGCCUAUGAGAGAAUUCGAGAUCAUUUGGGUGACAAAGCAUAUCCUCAAAGGACUUGAUUUCCUUCACUCAAAAGGAGUCAUCCAUCAUGAUAUAAAACCCAGCAACAUUGUUUUCAUGUCAACUAAGGCAGUUUUGGUGGAUUUUGGUCUAAGCGUUCAAAUGACAGACGACACCUACUACCCCAAAGACCUCCGAGGAACAGAGAUUUACAUGAGCCCCGAAGUGAUACUCUGCAGAGGUCACACGACGAAAGCGGACAUCUACAGCAUGGGGGCUACCAUCAUUCACAUGCAGACUGGCAGCCCACCGUGGGUGAAUCGAUACCCUCGCACCUCAUACCCAUCGUACCUCUAUAUAAUACACAAGCAAGCGCCCCCGUUAGAGGACAUUGCAGAGGAUUGCAGCACCAGCAUGAGAGAGCUGCUGGAAGCUGCUCUGGAAAGGAACCCUAAUCACAGACUGUCUGCUGCAGACUUACUAAAACAUGAGGCCUUGCAUCCUCCACCAGAGGACCAGCCACGAUGCCAAAGUCUGGACUCAGCCCUGUUUGAAAGGAAAAGGCUGCUGACAAGGAAGGAGCUGGAGUUGCCAGAAAACAUUGCGGAUUCAUCUUCAUGUACGGGGAGUUCGGAGGAAUCGGAGCUGUUAAAAAGGCAAAGGUCACUGUACAUAGACCUGGGCGCUUUAGCUGGCUACUUUAACAUUGUUAGGGGACCACCAACAUUAGAAUAUGACUGACUAGUGAUUUCUUGUGUCUGCUGGUCAGAGUUGGAAAUCUGUCUCUUCAAGCUAAUUUUGUCUAUAAAAUAGUGCCUUUUUGAGCUGUAAAAUGUGAACUGCUUUUAACUGCACAGAUGAUUAAGCUAACCGAUGUGUGGACUCUGGUAAAUGUAUCCCAAGCAAGCAAUGACAUGUUCCCUGACAGCAAACCAACAAUACGAAGGAGAAAACACCUUUUUGGGAAUAUUGUUAUCUGGAGACUUUCCCUGCACUGUGUGUUUUUUGUACAUGCACUUUACAUGCUGUGGGCUAUUUAAAUUUUAUACAAGUAGAAAAAUCCUUUCAUUUAAAAAAAUUGAAUAUUUUGGGGCAGAUCCUCCAGGGUGACUGAGCUGCACUCACUGUAAGUCUGGCUGGGGAGACUUUGGGCCAUCUUUGGCAAUCCUACCUGAUCUUCAACUGGCUCAGCCUUCGGCCAGUCUCUCAGGGCAAAUUAGGGCAGCUUUUAGAUUGAUGUGAACCAUGCCAGCCACCAGUGGGCCUUGGAGCUAUGCAUCACUGGGGCGCGGGGGUGUACUGGUCACUCUGUCUUUGUUCUUCCCACACCAGGAAAAAGGUGGGGGGGUAUAUAGGAUUUUCUGAGGUGGCUCCACAGCACAUGGAGGUUCUCUGAGAAGGGAGAAUCCUCCACAGGCUUUAGGCCAGCUUUGUGCUAUGAGAGCAGUGCAACCUCCCCUUACAAGCCAAGCAUUCUGGCCCUGAACGUGCACGUGAUUCUGAAUGUUCUGUACAUUAGAGCCGAUGCAAGUAUAUCUAGGGCAGCGAUGAGUUUGCUGCCAGUAAUGUUGGGAGAAUUCCUGAUGGUUGUAUUAAUCACUAAUAAGCUGAACAGAAUGCUUUAAAACUGUCCAUGUUGAACUGACUUAAUAACUAUGUAUGGGAAAGCAUGUCAAUAGUGACACGCUGUGUUUACGUUCCUAUGGAAACAAUGUAUCUUGUUCUCGCUAUGCCUAAUGUAUCUAAAACGUAAUGUUUUGGAUGAUAGUAAAACUGUGUAAACUACAUAGUUCUGUACAUCCCAUGGGAUGAGAAUGUAAACUUUUAUAAAACUC